UCGCAUCUGGGUGGGUUUGCUAAUCUCGGCAGCCCAAAACCCUGCCCUCUUCCUUCUUCCCCCUCUCGCCCCAUUCUCGUUGCAGCCCUGCGAAGAAGAGCGAGGAGAAGAGCUACGAGACGAAUCCAUCCUCUACCUCACGAUUUCUUUGGGCAAAAACAGCUUUUGUUCAAGGAUAAUUGCCACUCAAAUCAGGAAUCACAGAAGAGAAUGAUUAGCAAUCCACAAUCUUCAGGGGCACAGCCCCUUAGACCUCCAGUAGUGGGUUCUGCUGGUCCACCACCAAAUUUUGGUGCCUCCAUGCCUGUACAAUAUAGGACAAUGGUUCCAGCCCCUCAAUUUGUCCCAGCUGCCUCUCAGCAAUUUAGGCCUGUCCCCCAAGGAAUGCCAGCGCCAAAUAUUGCCAUGCCUACUGGCCAAACUCAAAUGCCUCAUUUUUCUCAAUCAACACAGCAAUUGCCUCCAAUAUCAGGCCAACCGGGUCAAGUGCCACCAUCAUCCCAAGCAAUUCCAAUGUCAUAUGUUCAAGCAAGUAGACCUAUCUCAUCUGGGCCGUUGCCACCUCAACAAAAUGCUCAAGUGCCAAACAAUGUGCCUAAUCUUCCAGGUGCAGCAAUGCCCCUUUCUUCAUCAUACACGUUUGCAACAUCUUAUGUUCAGGCACCAAAUACCAUAAAUGCUCCGGUUCAGUAUCAACCAGCAACACAGGUGACCCCUUCGAGGACACAAACCUGGGCAACACCUGGAACUCAGAGUGUACCUCUUGGUGCACCUUUGCAUCAGACUUCCCAACAACCUUUGGCUACUGUUCCAGCACAAACUGUACAAUCAAAUUCUACAGAACAGAGCUCUUCUGACUGGCAAGAGCACACUGCUGCUGAUGGAAAAAGGCGUGGAUUGAAUACUAUUAUAAUAAGAAGACUAGGCAAUCAGCGGAGCCGGCAGCGGAGCCUGCGGCGUAGCAAGGGGCCAGGACAGGCCGAAGUAGCUCUCGCCGUUGAUUCCUGACACAUGGAGGGGAGGUGUGGGAGUGACGGGAAACUGCUUAAUUCUGUACCGGGAAUGAUGACAAGCUUCCGAAGUGUACCAAGGGCAGAGGCGAAGACGUUUUGUCCGACAUGGGUGAGACAGAUGACAUAAUGUUAUUGGAAAGGGUUUAUAUAAAUAUUAUACUGUGGUCCUUCUCCAUUUCAAUUUCGCUUCUACUCGCUCCACUCCCUCAGCUCCCUCAAUAUCUGAACGACGAGCUCUCAGAUGUCUCUCUUUCAACUAUUUUACUUGUGGACUAGGUCAUCCUCGUACUUCGGCGCAGGCUCCGCGUACUCCGCCGCAAGCGCAGCCGCAAGCUCCGCUGUCGUCGUUUUUGCUUCCGCAGCAGGCUCCGCCUAUGCUUAUGCCUCCGCAGCAAACACUUCCGCUUCUUUUGCCUCCUUCGAGGCUUAUGCCUCCGCAACAAACAUUUCUGCUACUUUUGCCUCAGACGCAGGCUCCUCAGCCUCCGCCUCCACCUCCUCUGUUUCUAUCUGCAUGCAUGUGGCGGAGCCUGCAGCGGCGCAUGCGGCUGAGCUUACGACGGCGCUUGCAGCGGAGUAUGCGGAGCUUACGGUGGAGUACGAGGACGACCUAGUCUACAAGUAAAACAGUUGAAAGAGAGGCAUAUGGGAACUCGUCGUUCAGACAUUGAGGGAGUUGAAGGAGUGAAGAGCGAGUAGAAGCGAAAUUGAAAUGGAGAAGGACCACGGUAUAAUAUUUAUAUAAAUCCUUUCCAAUAACAUUAUGCCAUCUGUCUCAUCCAUGUCGGACAAAACGUAUUCGCCUCUGUCCUUAGUACACUUCGGAAGCUUGUCAUCAUUUCCGGUACAGAACUAAGCAGUUUCCCGUCGCUCUCACCCCUCCCCUUCAUUUGUCAGGAAACAGCGGCAAGAGCUGCUUCGGCCUAUCCUGACCCCCUGCCAUGCCGGCUCCGCUGCCGGCUCUGCCGCAGGCUCCGCUGCCGGCUCUGCCGCAGGCUCCGCUACAUGCUCCGCCGUCGUUUUUGCCUCCGCAGCAGGCUCCACCUAUGCUUAUGCCUCCGCAACAAACACUUCCAAUGUUCCAUCGACGUCCGUCAAUGUUUGACUAAUUAAAUUACUCUCAUCGACGUCCGUCAAUGUUCCACUAAUUAAAAUGUUAGUGGUGUGUUAUGUCUCAUAUUAGUACAUGAUACUAUUAUAAUAAGAAGACUGGGCAAUCUGUCUGGGAGAAACCCUUUGAAUUGAUGACGCCAGUUUGGAGGGUAGAUGCAUCCACUGACUGGAGGGAGUUAACUACCUCAGAUGGUCAAAAAUACUACUAUAACAAGGCCACAAAGCAAUCCCAAUGGACAAUUCCUGAUGAUCUUAAGCUAGCCCGAGAGCAGGCAGAGAACAGUAGUGUUGCUAAUCAAAUGAGACUGAAACGACUGCAACUGUUAUUUCAACAGUUGAUUCUGUUUGUCUUUCUUAUUCCUCCAAUCCUGCGGCUGCUGCUGUUCCUUGGUCUCAUCUAGCAAUCCAGAAUUCCUCAACCUGCUCCUGUGAGGGGUGAUCAAUUUUCUAAUAUACCAGCGGGUGUUUAUUUCUAUCGUCUCUUUGCAAUUUUGAUUUUAUUAAAGUUUUUCGUUAUGAAUGAUAAAUUUUAGAAUGGAGUUUAUAAUUACAGGCCUGUUUAAAAUAUUA